AUGAUCAAAAUCGCCGGAUUUCCUUUUUCUCCUGAAUUCGACCGCCCAACCCAGCGCAAAUGCCGUGUUCGUCGCUUCCAGCCCUACUCCAUUUCGCAAGAAAUGAUCACUCCUACAACCUGGUCAGCAACAGUCGAUCUCACUUCGUUUCCAACGCAGAAAGAAGACCUCAAAAUCACCAAGGACGAGUCAAAGAGAGAGUUACAAAUCUCUGGCCUUUCAAAAACAUCAGAGAUCGUCGAAAGAAUGAAGAUCGAGUCAGUACACAACUGGGAGAGAACCCUUUCUGUGCCUAAAACAGUUGACUUUGAGUCACUUUCUUCCAAAUUCGAUGGCAAAAACCUUUUAUUCACUGCUGAUAGAAAGUUCGGUAGAAAUGUUCCAAUCAAUUUUCUCAAUAAAAGCGAAUAA